AUGUUUUCAUCGCUGGCCGCUAUUCGCCGCCGGUACUACAGCGUGCUAAGAUGGCCUCAUAUUCGAAAGAGCGUGUCUGUACCUUGUGGCUCUGGAGGCUUUGUAGAUAUCGACGCUAACGCCUACAGCAGUUUGUAUAAUGUUGACGAAUUUUCACCUACAAAAUUCCUGGUUCUUCACUUGCCUCCAUCAUCGGGGAGUGCCAACAGCGCAAAGCAGCUGCCGGAAUUCUUGUAUGAUUGGCCUGUCGCAAGCAUCAACUACCGAUGGGAGACUGAACGUCGCGAUGUCGCAAGUCAAGAUGCCGCCAGCGAAGAGCACGAGUUUGCCGGCUCUUUAGAUUGGCCUACGCCGAUACAUGAUGUGGCUUUUGCUUACCAGUGGAUAACCAGAGCUCUGAUGCCUCCAGACAAUGGCCGAGGAGGCAUUUACGUCUACGGAUCUCAUCUCGGCGCCGGCCUAGCCAUGUCUCUCUCAUUGACCGAGUCACGUCCAAAUAAAAAGUUUUGUGUGCGUGGCAUCGCGGCCUACAAUGGCAUCUACAACUGGACCAUGUUCUUGCCAGGCCACAGAAUAAAUAUGAUUAGGUCCAUGAUGGACGUUGCAAGUCUUUCGCGGCGUACAAACGGCAACUUCAGACUUGAUACCCUGCAACAAAAAUUGGUAUCCCUGUUUCAGACGCCAUCCAAUCUCUUUGACCCCUUCGCAAGCCCGAGCCUCUUCUUCCACAACCCGGGGCUAUCUAUACCUGAAUCAUUCUACACAUCUACACGGCUCGCCAGCAUUAUUCGCAAUAUGAAAGGGCAGGCGAGCGACGAGUCCAAGGAAAAUGUCCUACCCCGUAACUCGUAUCUUGGGUUCCCUCCUAGAGACUCAACGAUGAAGAUACCUGAAACCAUCCUCUUACAUGACGCACCGUCUGGACCACCGGCACGGCAGCCAAGACCAAAAAUGGGACUCAAAGGCAGUAGUGACGGAGACCAAAGGAACACAUUUAAGAAUCAAACAGAUGAAAUUGCCAGUUUGAUGAGGCGCAGUUUGGCUAGGUUUGAGCUUAAGGAGAAAGCGAGAUAUGAGGAGGACAUGCAUUACCUGGCAGAAGAGCCGAAACGCAGAAUUCGGGUCGUCGAGGUAGGGCAAGAAAGAGAAGACUUGGAACUUAAUGAAUUCGGCCAGCAAGCUGUUUCAAACUGGUUGGAUGAGAAUCUUGGAACUAUUAACUUGAAAUAA